ACUGCACUAUUUUAGCAAUCCCUUAAGAUCACUGCAUGUCACACUGUGCGACAUGGAUCUAAUAAACUUGGCUACGACAUGUGUAGACUGUACGAUGAUGACACCUAUUGACUCGUAGUACGCUAUGAUGCAUGUUACUAUAAAAGAAUAAAACGUCCUCAGCAUGCGCUGGUGGUAAACAAAAAGAGCAUCUCACUUUAGCAGUUGCAGUUGUGUGCUGAAAAAAAGUGGACGCAGUGAGAGAGGAAGGGAUAAGAGCUUGAGGAUUUCAACCAAAGAAGAGCUAUUUUUUACAGUCUAUGCCAAAGAGUCAAAAACCAGUCAACGUCACUCUGAUUGGCUGAGGCAGCACAUCAGCAUAACCCAACCAGUAAACGCCCCUCUAAUUGGGCGAGGCAACACGUCAGGCAUUUUGGCGCGAUUCAAGCAUUGCAGAAUAACGGCACUGCACACAGCUCUUCAGCCUGCAUCGCUGGUGAACCCAUCGAUUCCUCUAAAUUGAAGGUGCUGUAAGGAGUGAAGUGUUAUUCCCUGUUAGGAGAUAAACCACCUAAACAAGAUGACUUUGAGAGUAAGACAGUGGCGAAAACGCCAAAGAGAACUGGAUCAACUACUAUGUUAUUCUGGCAGUGAUGAAGAGGGCAUUGAAAAUAAUUGCAACAGUGUGUCUGGGACUCAAAGUAGUUUCAGCAGUGACGGUGUGCCUGGGACCCCAGAUAGUUUAAUGAGUGACAGUGUUCUUGGGGCAUCAGAUGAUUUUGACUUUGACACUGAUGUGGACUAUUGCUCUACUGACUCUGAACAGGAACCAAAUGAAACUGAAGUGACCAGCUUUGAGGACGAACUGAGACAGUGGGCCUUAGAGUACAGAUUGACACACAGAGCGCUUAAUGGUCUAUUGUCCAUAUUAAGAAAGCAAGGGCACUUAUUGCCCGCGGAUUGCCGGACACUCCUUGCUACACCACGGCAUAACACAACAGAGCCUAAAUGUGGUGGGCAGUACAAGUACUACGGCUUAGAAAAGGGUAUCUGUCGUUAUUUAAGUCAGAUGGAGAGCAAUGAAGUGCACCUCAGCGUAAACGUUGAUGGCAUCCCACUUUUCAGAAGUAGUGGUGUCCAAUUCUGGCCAAUACUGGUGAAGUGUGGCCAUUUUGAUCCAUUCAUUGUAGCCAUGUUUAGUGGACAAAGUAAGCCAAGUCCUCUUGAGGAGUAUUUAAAAGACUUUGUGACUGAAUACAAACAUCUGAAGGACAAUGGAAUAGUUUUUAAAGGCCAGACUUACACUGUCAAUAUUGAUGCACUGAUAUGUGAUGCGCCAGCAAGGGCAUAUCUGAAGUGUAUUAAGGGUCAUACUGCCUAUGAGAGUUGUGAAAGAUGUUUAAUCAGAGGUACUCGUGUUGAGAGAAGAAUAGUUUUCAGUGAACAGGAAUGCACUUCUCGAACAGAUGACGGUUUCUCCAGAGUGGAGUACGGGAACCACCAAACCGGUAUCAGCCCCUUCAUUGCUGCAGGAAUUCCUUGCAUCAGCUCUUUUGUCCUGGAUUAUAUGCAUAUCGUCUGCUUGGGAGUAGUUAGGCGCCUGUUAAUUUACUUGACUCGUGGCCCAAAAGUCUGCCGUUUAUCUGUGAGGCAAAAGGAUGCAAUUUCUCAAAAACUAAUUGCACUGAGAGGGAAGAUGCCAAGUGAAUUUGCUCGACAACCGUGGGGUUUGCAUGAAAUUGAUAGGUGGAAAGCCACUGAGCUAAGGCAGUUUUUGCUGUACACAGGUCCUGUGGUUUUGAAAACUGUGUUAUCCCCUGAAAAAUACAAACAUUUCUUGUCCUUGACCGUAUCCAUGUCGAUAAUGCUGGAGUCAGAUGAGCGGAUUCGAAAUGCCUAUCUCCAAUAUUCUCAAGAACUAAUCAAACAUUUUGUCAUGACCUGUUCUGACCUGUAUGGCAAGACCUUUCCUGUAUACAAUGUACAUGGACUAAUUAAUCUCCAAGAGGAUGCCAGCCACUUCAACUGUUCCUUAAAUGACAUUUCCUGUUUUCCAUUUGAAAACUACCUGCAGCAAGUCAAGAAACACGUAAGGAGUGGGAGAAGUCCCUUGGAACAAGUGACUAGGCGUUUGUCUGAAAUGGAGCAAUCAGAAGUGGACAAUAGCCAAAGACACCCUAAAGUGUUUGCCUCUGUUAAAGAAAAGGACAGCUGUUUUCUUUUGAGGGACAACAACUUUGCUUUUGUUCGACAGAAAAAUGAAGACGGGACUUUUGCUUGUGACAUUCUGCGCCAGCGCCACACUUCACCAUUAUUUCACCAACCGUGUAGCUCUGGACUUCUGAACAUAGUGUGCAUAGGAAAUGGUCAUGUCAGGAUGAAAAAUGCACUACUACAAGAAAGGGAUCUGUUCCGGAAGGUGGCCUGCCUGCCACAAGAAGCUGGUGGUUUUGUCCUUAUACCCCUUCGCCAUGGUCUGGAACACACAUAUUAAGGUCAUGUACACGAGGGCUGUUUGGAGGGAGGGUACCCAAGAGGAGGAGGGUGUAGUUCCUGACAGUUGGAUCGACAGAGAAAUGAGAACCGUCAGAUGGCCACGUAAAAUGAGCGUUACAAAAACAGAAAAAGCCAU